AUGGUCAUCGAUGUGUGCACGACACACUGCGCGAUCGCAGAGGCUGCAACGCCGAUCUUGCUGCUUGCCAUUGGACUACACGGCAGUUCAGCUCUUCCGAGACUUUCUCGAGCUUGUGAUCGCAGUGUGCCCCGUUCUUCGCACAGUCAUACAGUUUUUGAAGCGCAGGGCUUCUGGCUCGACUGGCUGAUCAAAGUAAACGGCAUCGUGCGCACGAGUCGUACAGUCCGUAACGAUGCUUUACGACGGUUUUCGCAUGCGCACGUCGUCUCGAAGGUCAGGAGGCUCGCGCAAUAUUGA